GCAUGAAUAGGAGAGAAAUAUUCAUGGACAUUAUAAGACAAUUUACCAAGCAAACCAAUGAUUACAAGAACAUGUCAGAGGAAGAAUUAGGUGAAAAAAUCAAGGAAUUUUUGAAGGAUGAGAAGUAUUUAAUUGUGAUGGAUGAUGUUUGGCACGUGGAAGACUUGGAGCUUUUGAAAAUUGUUUUUCCUAAUAACCAGAAUGGGAGUAGAGUAUUGGUUACAACACGUGAUUUUGAGGUGGCUAGACAUGCUGAUUCUUAUGGCAAGCCACAUGCCUUGAGAUUUUUGGAGAGUCAGGAAAGUUUUGAGUUAUUAAAAAUGAAAGUUUUCCGCAAGCAAAGAUUCCCUGCGCAUCUUGAACUCAUGGGGAGAAUCAUUGCACAAAAAUGCUAUGGGUUACCGUUAGCAGUAUUGGUUAUCGCUGGUGUCCUUGAUAAAGAAAGACAGAGCUGCAUCCUGGGAAGAAGUGGCGGCCGAAAAUCCUAUACCAAUACUCAAUCGCGAAAACCAAAGCUACAAUGAUUUAGUAAGAUUAAGUUACAAUCAAUUGCCUAGCCACACAAAAAAUUGUUUCUUAUAUCUUGCAACAUUCCGGUUUGUGUUUGGAAACUGAUUCGGUUGUGGAUUGCCGAAGGAUUUAUUCCUCCAUCCCAGCCGCGGAACAUGGAGCGCACAGCUGAAACAUACUUGAAGGAUUUUGUCAACAGGAAUCUCUUGAUGGUGUUGAAAAAAAGAGCAGAUGGUGAAAUCAAAAUGUGCCGCUUUCAUGACAAAUUGUACGAGUUUUGCAAGGAUGAAGCUACAAAAACUGAUCUAUUCCAUGAGAUUGAUGGGGACAGAAUAGAAGUAAGUCACUACAAGUAUCGUCGCUUGUGCAUCCGUUCCUCAUUUGAAGACUUCAUAGGUUCAGAGUACAAGCCAUCAGGUGAGCACAUCCGCUCUCUUCUAGCAUCUCACAAAUUAGAUGUUCCAAAACAGCACUUGGCAACUAUCCCAAAGUCCUACCCCUUUCUCAAAGUGUUUGAUGCUGAAUCCCUCAAAUUUGAAAUAUUGCCCAAAGAAUUUUAUCAGUUAUAUCAACUACGAUACUGGGCUAUCUCAACUGAGAACAAUAUCAUUCCAAAACUAUUUACUCAUCUAUGGAACUUGCAAACUCUUGUGUUCAAUACAUCCCAAAGUACAGUUGAUGUUAAGGCAGAGAUAUGGAACAUGCCAAAACUAAGGCAUAUCCUAUCUAAUGCUUCUUUGCAACUCCCCCCUCCUAAUUCAGAAAGUUGCAAAGAGAACUCUUUUGAAUUGCAAACUCUUUCCACUAUAUCACCCAAAAGCUGCACUGAAGAGAUCUUUGACAAGACGCCUAACCUUCAGAAACUGGGCGUCCGUGGGAAUGUAUCAGAGCUUCUAGAGAGCAAGGAAUCAAGAGGAAUUUGCUUGUUUGACAAUAUUCGAAAGCUGGAGAAACUCGAAAAUCUGAAACUCAUGCAUGAAGCUUUCAGUGAUGAAGCUAGCACACCGCGGCCUAUUAUUCCACAAGCUAACAGAUUCCCAAGCAGGUUAAGAAAGCUGACUUUAUCCAAGACGUCCUUUGAUUGGAAAGACAUUUGCGUAUUGGGAUCCCUGGACAAGGUGGAGGUCCUCAAGUUGGAAGAGUUUUCAGCCCAGGGAGAGUCUUGGGAACUGAAUGUUAAUGUUGUUUUCAGGAGCCUCAAAUUCUUGCGCAUUGGGAGAACGGACUUGGUGUACUGGACUUGUGAGCAUAGUAGCUUCCCAGCAUUGAAACGGCUUCACAUAUUGCAAUGUGAAAAGCUUAAUGAAAUCCCACUUUCCUUUAAGGAUGUGAAGAGCCUUAAGAUUAUUGACUUGUUUCAUACCAACAAACGGGCUGCUACUUCUGCAAGGAAUAUACGAGACCAGAAACUUAAGGAGUGGGAUUAUUUGGAGCUCUGUAUUUUACCUCCUCAUCACUGACUACUUCAACUCCAUCUAUUGCAAUGGCGCCCGUUUCUACAAAUCAAAAGGAGUAUCAAAUAAUCCUUUGGCAGCGAUAGUGUAGUGAUUAUGCUCAAAGUGAACAGAUCCUUUCUGCUGAGCUAUUGAGUUACUAUAAUUUACAUCUCUCGCAAUUUUAAAAAAUAAUGGUGCAGGAGUAUCAAAUAACAUCUUCUGAUAUAUGGCUUCUCCAGAGCAUUUUAUUACUUGCUGCUUUGUUGUUGUUGUUGUUGUUUUUCUCUUUUUCUUUUUGUUUUUUUUCAAAAUAAA